AUGUCGCAUGACGAGCGCAACGCCGCCAUCAACGGACAACUCCUAGCGCUCUUAGCUAAGGCGCAAAAAGACUCUUUGCGGAAGAACCCAGCCACGCUAUGGAUGAACGCACCUGCACCGCAACAAAACACAUCAACACAACCCCAACCCGCAACCCCCGCCCCCCCAAUCUUCCGCAUGCUGCCCUACUCAGCCUAUUCCGCACGCAUCACCAUCUACUCCUGCCCCUCCCCCAACACCGUCCGCGCCCUCCUCCUCGCAAGCAACAGCUCCAGCGACACGCUAAACCCGCACGCCAUGUACUUCGACCCCUUCUGGGAGCAGCACGAACUCCCCGCAUCCGCGACCUGGCUGAUCCACCUGCCGGGUGUGCUGAACGUCGAGCAGGCCGGCGACGGCGAUGUCUUCGGCUUCGUUUGCGGCGACGGGGCACCAGGUGAAGGUGCCUACUGGGCGUGCGUGCAUGCGCAUCUCGUUCACCUGUUUACUGACUGGUGCGGGAGGAGGGGCGAGGACGGCGAGAUGUUGCUCGCGCUGGAGGAUUUCGUCGCCAAGGGGAAGAUGGAUCCGUCCGAGGAGGAGCAUGAGGUGUGGUAUGCACGGGCGAGGGAGUGGGUGGAGACGCAAUUCCCGCCUGGCUGA